GAUGAGUCUUUAGAACAAGACGAUGUCGAAGCCGAACAUGUACAAGCAAAAACUGGACUACAUUUUAGUCCAUGGCCGCAUGUGUUUAACCUCGCUAACUGUAUUGUCGGCGUGUCUGUAUUAGCAAUGCCGUUCGUGUUUCAACAGUGUGGGAUUCUCUUAGCAGUGAUAAUGAUUGGGGUCUGUGCUGUGCUUACGAAGCACACAUGUCACUUUCUUUCAAUGGCCUCAUUCACGUCCAGUUAUGAAGCGUUGGCCUUGAAGGCUCUAGGUUCAUCUGGUCGUCGUUUUGUUGAAUUGUGUCUGCUUUCGUUUCUGAUCUCAACCAUUGUUGCGUUCAUGGUUGUUAUAGGAGACAUUGGUCCGCAUAUUGUAGCAGAUUAUUUGGAAUUAGAAGCACCUACUCAGCGACUCCGCACGCUUACCAUGGUGGUUGUACUACUACUUGUCAUUUUUCCGCUAAGUCUAAUCAAGGAUCUAGAGACAUUUUCCGUUAUAAGUUCGUUUGCCAUUCUAUUCUAUGCAAUAUUUGUGAUCAGGAUGAUCCUAGAAGCUUUGCCCACAUUAUGGGUAGGGGAAUGGAGUAUCCACGUUUAUUGGUGGCGCCCAGCUGGAUUUCUAACCUGUUUUCCAAUUGUUUCUAUGGCACUGUCAUGUCAGACACAAUUAUUCUGCGUAAUUGACUGCAUCCGAGAUGCAUCAGCGGCACGAGUUGAUGGUGUCGUAUCCAGUGCAGUGAAUUUCUGCUCUGCUUUGUACGCAGGUGUGGGGUUGUUUGGAUAUGUGGCCUUCUUCUCCCGAACACUUCAUGGCGAUGUCCUUGUUGAGUUAGAAUCAUCGUUCUUCACACAGCUUUUGAAACUCGCCUUCAUGUUGUCCAUAGCAAUCUCAAUACCACUGAUGCUUUUUCCAGCAAGAGUCGCGUUAUUUAAUUUAAUAUUGCGAUCAUUGCCUGUUUCGCAUGCAAUGCGUUUUUCUACAUUUCAUGUGCUUACAUUCGUGAUCUUGUUGUUCAACUUAACGAUUGCACUACUUAUCCCAAAUGUUGAAUUUGUACUCGGAUUAACUGGCUCACUGGUUGGAUCGUUAGUCAACAUAAUUAUCCCAUCAGUGCUAUUCAUAGCUCUUAGAGACAAUAACAAGGACCAUUACGCUGUUUCAUAUGCGAAGAUAUGUCUGGUCGCUGGCUGUUUUAUCCUUCUAGUCAGCACUUGGGCGACAUUACAAGUGGAUAGGACGACAGAUGUUGUUGAAAAGCCCAUGCCAAAAGACGGUGCUAUCGAUAAACCAGCUUUAAGAAGCCUACAGAAAUUAGAAGAGAAGGUUUUGGAUGCAAACUUGAAUAUUUCGGCGAAGCUGGACAGUAUUGCUGGUCUGGCUGCCAUAGGAAAAGAUAGAGAAGCAGCAAGUUUACUAGCGGAAAUGAGGCAACAACGGAAAGAACAAAAGGAUCUCAUAAAAAAGCAGGAGAAGAUUGUGCAAGAGUUGUCCAAAUAUGCUGAAAUGCAUGAUAAAGGUAAAAGAAAAGCGGCUUUGGGUUAUGCUUGA